AUACAUAUAACAAAUAUACGACCUCUAAGCAUCAUCAACAAUUUUCACUUCUACGAGCAAAGUAUCUACGGACUUGAAUUCCAUCAGCGUGGUUGAGACCUCGCUUACCUACUUGAUUGGAGCAAGCGGGGCAAGCUAAUCAACGAGGUCGAGAUUGUUUACUUCCUUUCUGGCGCGCAAAGACAGGAACCACUCACUCUCGCGAAUCUCCCGAAAGACAAAUUGAUCGCGUUGUCUCUGCGGCAUCCCACACCUCACAGUACGCGAUCUUGAUCCUAGACUACACCAAGCACUAACUUUCACAACAAUACUGCUCCUCAAAUUUGCCCGGGUCGCUGCUUCACACCAAGGUUCUGCUUCUUGACAGCCUCAUACCAAUCUGAUCUAUAACUACUUCAGUACUAACUGUUUAAUACCCAAAGAAUAGGUCAGACGCUGCGCCACUUUCCAUUCACUUCCUCUAUUCAGUCAUGGCUUUCCUUAUGGACUUCGAUGCUUGCAGCUCCCCGUUCGAGAAAGACGAAGAUGACAACCACAGUUGCAGCAUGUCCAUCUCCUCUGAUGAGGAAGAAUGCUGUUCCCGGACGGUUGUCGAAGAUCAUACCAAGCCUCCCAUCCAACCUUCUACUGAGGCUCACGCGCAAUAUUCCUUGAAUGGGCAUCAUAGCUGCUCCUUCUUCUCUCCUACUGCAGAUCUUGCCGGAAAUAACUCGCUCAACGCGACCUUAUAUCCCGAGAACACCAGCAGCAUAGAUAAAUCCGAGUUCAGGUCAUAUAACACCACAGAGCACUAUCAAACCCGCUGGACCUACACUUGCAACCACAUGCUCAUCCACGACGACGAAGACCCCCUCUACCCCAUCCGUUUCGGCCCCCGCCAACUCCACAAGACAUUCUCAGAGCUCUGUCCGAUGUGCAAAGAGCUAGCAGCAUCUGUCGAGAAUAACAACAACAAGAAAAGGAAGAAGAGAAAAAUUCUCAAAGAUAACGAUCCUCCUCCAAUCCACGGCACCUCCAAAGCCGACAUUCUCGCAGAAAGCACCACCCGUGCUGACGCCCUCAGACUUGCUGUUCUUGCUGCACAGAGAGAUGAAGUCCUGAAAUACGCGCAGUUCCUCGAUGCAGAUACUGAGGGUUCAAAGAAAGCUUGGGGGUGGUAUGAUAGGUGUAACAAAGAGUGGGCGGCGAAGGUGUGGGAGGUUGAGAAGCGCAGUGCUGGGAUAUACACUUCCAGUAUUCCGUCGAUUCCCUUUCCUUACGGAACUCUGGAAGAGAACUUUACGUUCGUCCGAGAUAAAGCGUAUCUCCUCUUGCAAGCUAGCUCUACUUUACUUGAGAGCGAAGACAUUGAAGCUGCAAAUGUUAGUGAGGGAGCUUUGGAUCCUGGAAUGAACGGGGAGAUUUUUACAAGGCAUCGUUUCUUUCGUGAUUUGUGGAGAGAGCUGGAAGAUAUGAGCACGGGUGGGGUGGCUGGGUGUAGUGGAAUGCAAGUGGAGGGUUUGAUGGAGAAGAAUCUGAUGGAUGUUUGGAGGAGGUUUGUUAGGUUUAUGGAUGAGGGCUAAAGGGGUGUGAAAGAGCUGGAGAGUGAUAGGUGGUGAGAUUAUGUUGGUAAAAUAGAAAAGAGGUUGUUUAUACUUGGUGGGAGGGAUGGAUCUGAGUAGAUGAACGUGAUAUUACCUUGGGUCGUUAGAUUGCAGAUACCUGGCGAGCUUGGCAGGACAAGAGACACCUACAUUAAUACAAUGAUGAGCUUUAGGU